CGUAUAGUUUGCGUGAAAAGGAACACGUCCGAGUUAUCCACGUGCGCAACGCGAGUUAACCUAUACUUCGUAUCUCUUGUUCCUUACCAUUUCUCGCAGUCAACUUCGCUCACGUCCCAGCGUGAUUUUACAACAUAUUUAAUUCAGUUCAUGACGCACGAACCUUGCUAUGGUAUAUAAACGUAAAAAGCAACACAGGGGCGAUACGCACUUAAAGAAAGGCUGGCGAACGAAACGGAGAAAGAAGGAUCUUGACGAGAUCGAUGAGGACUUGAAGGAACAGAAUAUUGAGCAGUUAUUGAAUCAAGAAGUGGAUUUUGACAAGCCGGGAUCGGCGCAACAUUACUGCGUACAUUGCGCGAGAUACUUCAUAAACGAAACCGCACUCAAAACGCACUUUAAUACCAAGGUGCAUAAACGACGAUUGAAGGCACUCGAGUUAGAACCAUACAGCAUUGAAGAAUCAGAAAGAGCUGCGGGCAAAGGGAAUUAUAUUGCACCGCAGAAGCGAAAGAUCGAGACUGUGACAAAGGACAGCCUUAAUAAAAUCGACGCGGAACCUGAGCCCGAUCCUAAGACAAUAAAAUUAAACGAAUAAAGUGUAUUUAUCGCGUUUGCGAACAUUGAUACU